AUGGCGCCCUGUCGACUGAGAUGGCUCGUGCUUCUGCCGCUGGUGGUCGGAGCAGCCGUUGCUGAAAGACAUUAUCUGUUCACGGCACCUAAGGUGUCCUAUGCCGGCGAGUCGGAGACGAUGUGUCUGACGCUGUUCGACGUUCCCGAGACGGGAGACCUGACCCUCGACUUCUCCGGCUCCGGGGACCGGCGCACCCUACACACUCAGUCCGUCGCCGGCGUGUCAGGUAGGCCAUAUGCCGACAGGUUGGACGGGUCGUCUCCUGGGGACCAGCCGGAGCAGUUGUUUGUGCAGACGGACAAGUUUGUGUACAAGCCCGGGCAGCUGGUGCGGUUUCGCGUUUUCUCCGUCGACUCUGAGCUGCGACCGGUAACAAAGCCGAUUCCGUUGAUCUUCAUUCAGACGCCGCUGGGUACUCGGGUAGCCCAGUGGACCGACCAGAGCGGCCGCAGCGGCCUCGUUCAGCUGGAGUUCCAGCUGUCAGACGAGCCCACGCUGGGUGACUGGACGAUCCACGUCAGCGGCGUGACAAGCAACGUACAUAAAAAGGUGUUCCGGGUCAAAGAAUACGUGCUGCCAAAGUUUGAAGUGAAGGUUCAGGGUCCGCCGUUCAUACUCGCCGAUGAAACUGAAGUAAUAUUCAAAGUAUGCGGAAUGUAA